UUAUUUCGAUAGAAAGUAGAAACUAUGGUCUCUCAAAAUCAAAUAAAUUAAACACUUGAUUCAUUCAGCGGGGGAGGCUUUUGUUUUUGUGCGAUGAUGGAGGAUGAUGAACCUUUAACCCCGGGGGGGAGGCUUUUCCUGCAGCCACAGAUGAACCAAAUAAUACACUGCGUAUUAGGUCUGAAGAACCCAAUAGAUGUUGAAUCGGUAAAGUUCCAAGUGGAGAACUCAGUUAUGCUACAACACCCGAGGUUCUCAAGUGUGAUGGUUCGUGACCAUAGAGGCAUUGAGCACUGGCGUCCAACUAAAAUAGACAUCGACAGACACCUACUGGUGAUACACAAUCCACUCCCCACUUUCUCAUCAGACGACCACCAAUCAGCCAUAUGCGACUAUCUAUCAGAUUUAUCCACCUCAUCCACACUCAGCAUGGAUAAGCCUCUUUGGGAGAUGCAUAUCUUGAUACCACACAAGUGCGUCAUAUUUCGUAUACAUCACUCACUAGGUGAUGGGAUUUCUCUCAUGUCUAUGCUCCUCGCCAGUUGUAGGAAGCUUCAAGAUCCCCACUCCCUUCCAACCAUAUCUCUUCCCACUAAACCUCCCACCAAUUUCUUCAUCCGCUUCUACAAUCUCCUCGUUUCCCUCUUCUAUUCUUUUAUAUAUUUCUUACAAUUCAUCCUCCGCUGUCUCUGGAUUCGUGACCGCAAAACCGCCAUAUCCGGCGGCUCCGGUGUUGAACUCUGGCCCAGGAAGAUGGCCACUGCUACCUUUGCAUUGAAUGACAUGAAGACAGUCAAAGCUGCUGUUCCUAACGCGACCAUAAAUGACGUUCUAUUUGCAGUUAUAUCAUCUGGGAUAUCACGAUAUCUUGACUUCAGAAAACCUAAUGGGCUGCGAGACGGUGUUCAGCUGACAGGGUUAGCUAUGGUUAACUUAAGGAAACAGCCAGGAUUGCAGGAACUGUCUAAUUUGAUGAGAAACAAUUCAGGGGCAAGGUGGGGCAACAAAUUUGGUAUGAUCCUGCUGCCUAUAUAUUACCACAGAAGCAACAGUUCAGAACCUCUAGAGUAUUUGAAGAGAGCUAAAGUAAUGAUUGACAGAAAGAAACAAUCCUUGGAGUCUCAUUUGUCCUACAAAAUUGGAGAUUUUGUAAUGUCCACUCUUGGUGCAAAGUUUGCUAGCAUGCUAAAUUAUCGGAUACUCUGCAACACUACCUUUACGAUCUCAAAUGUGGUUGGCCCACAAGAGGAGAUUAUGAUUGGAGGCAAUCCUGUAACGUACUUAAGGGCAAAUAAUUCUGCCUUGCCUCAUGCACUUAUUUUGAAUAUGGUGAGCUAUGCUGGAAAGGCAGACAUGCAAGUGCAGGUGGCUAAAGAUAUCAUUCCCGAUCCUGAGUUUCUUGCCAAGUGCUUUGAAGAUGCAUUACUUGAAAUGAAGGAGCAGGUUACAGCCAAAAUCUGACAUUUGGAGAAAUUGUAUUUGUUGGAUGUGAAACAAAUAAAAUUGCAAUCAGUAUUAUUUGAGAUACAUAUGAUUACAUACAAUGAAUCAUCUAGUUUAGGUAGGAUAGCGUUUUGUUUCUUAAACAUCACAAAUAGACUGAUUUGUGAUCCAUUCAUCUCUUUCCUACCAGUUACCAUUGAUACUUUCAAGAUUACAGUUACAUGACCUAAAAGAACUUUGUGCC